GCUCUCCGGCUGCUCUUCUUCGCGGCCCUGCCAGCCACCGGGUGGCUGACGACCGGCACCCUUGAGCCGCCGCUCCUGCCGCCAGCCCCGAAGGAAGCCAUUUUGUCCCAGGUGGGCGAUUGUGAGUGACGGAAUCAGAGGAGAAUUGAAAAUGAGUGGGGAGAGACUUCAGUUCUGCCACCCUUUUCUAAGUGUACACUGCCCUGGCUGACGAGCCUGUACUUCCAGUUCCGUCAGAGGCUCUUGGAAAGAACAAGAAAUAUGACCUGGCUCUGAACUUUGGGUUAGGAGGCAGGAAGGCAUGAGAGUCUCUCCUGAUGUGAAAUCAUUCAAGAGGAUCCAGAAGCAUUUAAUUGGAGGUGGCCCUCUGGAAAAUGCAGUCUGCUCGUGCCUGCUCAUUGUCUUUCCCAAAGACAAUGGGCCCAGUUCUACUGAGCAAGUGAUGUAUGACAGCCUCAGAAUUAAUGUAACCACCCUGGAGGAUGGGGAGGUGUCUAAAGAACAGGUUGUUCUUAACAUAACCUAUGAGAGUGGACAGGUAUAUGUAAAUGACUUCCCUGUAAAUAGUGGUGUAACCCGAAUAAGCUGUCAGACUUUGAUAGUGAAGAAUGAAAAUCUGGAAAACUUGGAGGAAAAAGAAUAUUUUGGAAUUGUCAGUGUAAGGAUUUUAGUUCAUGAGUGGCCUAUGACAUCUGGUUCCAGUUUGCAGCUGAUUGUCAUUCAAGAAGAGGUAGUAGAGAUAGAUGGAAAACAGGCUCAACAAAAGGACAUUACUGAAAUUGAUAUUUUAGUUAAGAAUCAGGGAAUAGUCAGACGUUCUAACUACACCCUGCCUUUAGAAGAAAGCAUGCUCUACUCGAUUUCCCGAGACAGUGACAUUCUAUUCACCCUUCCCAACCUCUCCAAAAAAGGAGAAGGUGUUAGUUCAUUGCAGACCACCAGCCAGUAUCUUAUCAGGAAUGUGGAAACCACUGUAAAUGAAGCUCUACCUGGCAAAUUACCUGAAACUCCUCUCAGGGCUGAGCCUCCAUCUUCAUAUAAGGUGAUGUGUCAGUGGAUGGAAAAGUUCAGAAAAGAUCUGUGCAGGUUUUGGAGCAGUAUUUUCCCAAUAUUCUUCAUGUUUUUGAAUGUCAUGGUGGUUGGAGUUAUAGGAGCAGUUAUAGUAAUAACCAUCUUAAAGGUGCUUUUCCCAGUUUGUGAAUACAAAGGAAUUCUUCAGUUGGACAAAGUGAAUGUUAUACCUCUGACAGCUGUCAACUUAUAUCCAGAUGGACCUGAGAAAACAGCAGAAAACCCUGGAGAUAAAAUGUGUGUUUAGAACACCAUCUCAAAUCUUGGACUCUGAAUUAGCCUAAUGGUUCAGAUUUGCCACUCAAAUAUAAUUUUCUUUAAGCCAUUAAGAAUUGGUUUGUACACUAGAGAAAUUGCUAAACUCCUAAAGCUGUCUAAAACAUGAUCUUUAAAGUGACAGUUAAAGUUCACCUUAUUCUAUAAUAGGGCUGCCUGUUCCAGUGGUGAAUUAUUAAAGAAAAUUUAAAUGCAAUGGAAGAGAAGACGUGUGAAGAAAGUUUGAAACUACCAAGAAAAAAAGGGGCAAGACAAAAUGCCAUGUGCCAAUCCUUUUCAAAGUGCCUUUGUUAAGGAAAUUAUAUACACUUAAUUACUAUAAUAUAUAAGACUUUUGAAAAGCACUUUAUGAAAUUCUAAUUUAAAAGCUCAAGAACACUUAUUUUUUUAUUCAGUAAAUGUGCCUUAAUAUUAAGUAUGUGACUCAGUAUAAAAAUCACUGAAGUGUGUAUCAUGAUUUGAUUGUAUCCUGUACCAAGACUACUUAGCUUGAAUGAACCAGGAUUUUAAAAUAGUGACAUGUUCUCACUCUAAAAAUAAACAUUUUUUUUUGAAGAUAAAAGUACAAUAUUUUGGGAAUAAAA